AUGUCCCCGACCGUUAUCCACCUCCAUGGAGAUGAUGGAGAUGGACCUGGUGACACCAGGAAGGACAUUUACUUGAGCGCCGCCAUACAAAAACACUUGAGAAAGCAGUACGAUUACUUGCGAAGGGGGGAGUUGUUAUUAUCUCGUGAAAAGUUUCAGGACUUUCUCAUCCACAACCAAGGCGAGACAGCACCAAAAUUAAACCAGGAAAGGUACAAAUUCGAGCAAUUCCUGGAAGUUUGGUGGCUCAAGUACGGGCUUGAGGCAGAACAGCCUGCAUCAAUUGAAAACAAAGAUCUAUCGAAGCCCAUCAGCAAUUACUUCAUCAGCAGCAGUCAUAACACUUAUCUAUCCGGCAAUCAGCUGUCUGGGAGGAGCAGCGCUGAUGCGUACACAAAGGUACUUCUUCGAGGAUGCCGUUGUGUGGAAAUUGAUGUAUGGGAUGGGGACUCUCCUGACUCAAGUCCGGACAGGUCCCCCAAAUCGCGAUCGAAACAAGACCAUACACGCCAUCUUUCCGGCAGCAGUCUCCACAGCGCUGCAGCGACUCUGAUGGAUGUAGUGGAGGAAAAGUUCAAGCAUGCCAAAAACUUGAUAGCCGAGGACCAACUCCAGCCCGAAGCCCGUGCCGUCACCUCCACACCAGCAGACCUGCCCGCAUUUGGCCGCGAAAGUGUCUCGAGUCUGGACCCUUCGACUGUCUCGGACAGGCUAGAAUCCACUCAGUCACGGCCCAGGUCGAAACAGUCGUUCCGCAGGAAUGAGCCCAUCGUUAUGCACGGCUAUACUCUCACAUAUCCCGUUGGUUUUCGAGAAGUCUGCAGGGCCAUUCGCGAGAGUGCGUUUGUGAAAACCAGCCUCCCUAUUAUUGUCAGCUUAGAAGUACACGCCGAUCUCGAGCAGCAGGAAAUCAUGGUGCAGAUCAUGAAGGAGGAAUGGGAUGGAUUGCUUAUUGACAAACCUCACGAUAGUUGCCCUAAGGGUCAAAUGCCAAAGCUCGGGGACCUCCUCAACAAAAUACUCAUCAAGGUCAAGAAAGCAGCCUCGAAUGUGGAUCUGUCAUCGACGAUGUCUACUUUGGCUCCCAGUUCAACGCUGGAGGACGAUGCUUCAGGAUCGGAAGAUGAGAGACUUGGUGCUCCCGCCAAAAAACCCAAGUCCGUGAUUGGAGACACGCUCGGUGCGCUGGCUAUCUAUACGCAUAGCGAGCAUUUCAAGAGCUUUGACUCGCCUGCUGCCAAGGUUCCGUCGCAUAUUUUCUCGAUAAGCGAGAAGAGAAUAUUGGAAUUACACUCGACCAAGCACAGUCACAUGUUCACACAUAACCGAGACUUCUUCAUGCGUGCAUUCCCCAAGGGGUUGCGCUUUGACUCAUCGAAUUUGGAUCCGUCACUGUUUUGGCGGAAAGGAGUCCAGAUGGUGGCGAUGAAUUGGCAGUCGUGGGACGAGGGCAUGAUGCUCAACGAGGCCAUGUUUUCAGGUGAGAAUGGAUGGGUGUUGAAGCCACCAGGCUAUAGGAGCGAGGACGUGGCGACGUCGCAAGCCGAUGCCAUUCCUCACCGCAGUCUAGAUCUGCGCAUCACAUUCCUUGCUGGCCAGCACAUCCCGCUGCCAGAGGGCACCGGCAUUGGUAUUUCCAGUGGCAACACGAGGUCGUUCCGUCCUUUCGUCAAGUGCGAACUGCAUGUCGAGAAGCCCGAGGAGCGGUCUGGCGCCAGUAUCGAGGGGGGCGGCCGCGCGCACGACGAGUGGAAGCAGAAGACAGCUCCGGGCAAGACGGAUCAUCCCGACUUCGGUAGCAAGAACAUCAUGGAGUUUGUUGGCAUUCCGAAGGUGGUGGAGCAGCUUAGCUUUGUGAGGUUCAAAGUCGAAGACGACGCUCCCCGGCUCGUCAGUAUCAAUCGUGACCCCUUCGCAGCUUGGGCAUGUAUCCGUCUCGACCGCCUGAGGCCGGGCUACCGCUUCAUCCACCUCAUCGACCCCAAGGGCAACCCGACACGUGGUGUCAUUUUGGUCCGCAUCGAAAAGGUCCUGCGAUGA